GAAGUGCUCUCUGAGGGCAGCCCAGAUGACUCAGGAGCCUAUGCACAGCCAGCCGUGUGCCUUGGGGGACAACCUUGAUUCUCACAACCGACUGGCAGAAACUGACAGCAUCAGGACUAGAUAUUGAGCUGGAAUGUCUCUGGACUGAAUGAGCAAGCAAGGAGCAUGACUUGGUGGGACCCUGGAAGGGUCCCAGCCUCCAGGAGGAGCAACCCAUCCAUCUCACCUGCAAUGCUGGGAGCCAGGGACAUUUAACACCACCUCAGAUGGCUGCCUGCAGCCUGCCUCUGGGACUGUGGCUCCUGCUGCUUCUCCAGGAUGUGCAGACAACUCCACAGACAUCAUUAACCCCUGCUCAUUCCUGUGAUACACUAGAGAAUUGGUUCUACGAUGAAGCUUCACAAAGCUGCUGUUACCAGUGUCCCUCAGGUUAUAUUAAAAAGAAAGCAUGUCCUCUGGAUCCAGCUGAAGACUGCAUGACAUGUGGACCUGAUCAAUAUUUGAACAAUGCAUUCCCAAAGCCACGAUGUGAUGCCUGUGUGUCAUGCUCAAAAGAGCCAGACCUUGUGGAGAAGCAGCCCUGCUCCUUCAACUCCAGCCGCACGUGCGAGUGCCGGCCGGGCCUGUUCUGCCAAACCACGGUCAAGGACACCUGCACACGCUGCCAGCACCACUCUGCUUGCAAGCCUGGCUUUGGAGUCAAGAUCAGGGGCACCUCAACAAAUGAUGUCACUUGUGAAGAGUGUCCUCCUGGGACCUUCUCUGAUCAAAACUCCAGCACAGACAUCUGCAAACCCCACACCAACUGCGCCAAGUUGAAUAAAGUAAUGCUAAGGAAAGGAAAUGCCACACAUGAUCAAGUUUGCCUGGACCAGUUGCCCACUUACCUCACCCCAAGCACUUUGUCCGUGAGAUCCAGCAAUGAAACAAGUAACUCUGACCUGAGGAUGUUUAAGGAGAACCUGGUGACCUCUGCUAGUGGUGACCUUCUAAGUGUCACAACAAGUGAAAAUCCCAGUUCAGCUCCUGAGGAGAAAUCUCAGGCUCCCACCUCAGCUAAGGAGGAGAUGACAACAGGAGGUGUAGUGCUUUGGGCAGUGGUUGUCUCUGUGACAGUGCUUCUUGGGGGCAUGCUGAUAUUUUGGAAACGGAAGGUUUGCAAGAAGCGGAUCCUCGUCCUCAGAAGAAAGCCACAUCUGCAUUCGGUCAUCACACACAAAUACGUUACCAAAUCUCAAGGUUCGGAUCUCAUGAACAAAUGUGCAGUGAGUGUGGACAAUAUUCCAAAAGAGAUCGCUUUCCAUGCCAAAAAGAUCAUACUGACCACUGAGAGUGGGCCAGAAGAGGAGGAGUUAAUUGACAGAACCCUUCCUUUGGAAACCAACAAUAACUUGGUGUCCAGCACAGAAAAAGCACAGAGUCCUCACUGGAGUGUGACUGAUGUGACACCAAGCAGUGGGAAUGCCCCAGAUUGCCCUGUGGAUUCUCGAGUCAGAGACCACACAAAUAACAGAAUUGAAAAACUCUACAUCAUGAAGGCCGACACUGUUAUCGUGGGGUCUGUUUCAGAAGUGCCCAGUGGCAAGAACUGUGCUCUUAGAGGAUGUGAAAGUAACCUCGACGCCCAGGAAAGCAUGGAAGAGGAACUGGAAAUGCACUACCCAGAGCAAGAAACUGAGUCUUUUCCAGGGAAUGAUGUAAUGGUUCCUGUGGAAGAGGAGGGAAAGGAAUUUCACCACCCCACCACUGCCACUGAGAAGUGACAGCCCACAGAGACAGUGCGGGAAGAUGCAGAAUCAUCCAGUGUGACACUAAGGCUGAAUUUAUGACAAGGGAGGUAAACACACUGUGCCUUAGAUUAUUGGGAAACUCCUGGAAAACACUGAAACACUUUCAAACAAGGAGAGCUACAACCUAUUUCAUCUAACAAAUGAGAGGAUCAUCCAAACUGUUGGCCUUCAUAGCUGACAUCAAAUAUUUCGAUUUCCCUGUCUCCCGGUAUCAUACUGAAAACAAAUUUGAAUCAAAGCUGCAUGAUUUAGAGGACAUCUGGAUGUCAGCUGAAGUUUCACAGCUUGCUUUCUCAGUGUGAAGGAAUGGAUUGAAAUCCAUGUCUGGUUACUUCUAUUAGCUGUGAAAAUUCUGGCCAGGAAUUCUGAGUCAAGCUUGAGACUCAGCCAUGCUUCUUAUGCUGUUUGUAUUCCAAUACUUCAAAUUUUGUCAUAUAUUUUGCAACAUCUGGUAUUUUCUCAAGGCUUCAACUUUUGAUUGAAAAUUAUAAUAAUCUUAGUUUUCCCUAGCACACACAUAACUCUCAAGUUAGUGGACUUCAUGUUUCUUGAGGAAUUAGGAUCAAAAGGUGCCACACAGGCUCUGAGAAUAGAAGGCAAAUAAAACUAAUGGAAGUCCACUUACUUUAGGCCAUUCUUUCUAGGUUUUGAAAUCUGAUUCAUAUAUUUUUUGACUAUGUCAAAUCAUUAGUAAGUGUACAAAACAGCCUCUUCUAAUGGAAGCCAAACUGCCUGAACAUUUACUGUCGGAUGAACUAUGGGUUAAGCCCAAUGUGGAGCCUGUAAAAAGAGAAAUGAAGAAAAGGAACUAUUUUUCUACUGAAAAAGAGGCACAGCAGUUAUUUCCUCUAAUAUUGUUAAUAUCUACUUGUUUUAGAAAUGCCCAUAAUCAUCAGGGUGACACUGAUUUGCAUAUCCUUUAAAAACAAACCUGUUUGGUGGCCAACUGGCACGGGUUAUGCUAUUUUUAAAUCUUUUGUGCUGCUUGUUCAACAACCGUAAAUGUAAUAGUGCUGACUAUACAUUUGCACAGGACAAUGGAAAAUGAGCAAUAUGACAAAGUGUGUCUUAAUAAUCAAAAAAAGGAACCACAAAACCCAUUACUUGCUUUGUAGUUUUGUCCUGAUCAGAGCACUGUAACAACAGUGGUGCAGCUGCAGCGACUUGUCUUAGAGCACAGACAAGGAACACGAGAGUAUAAAAUCACCUUCUUGGGCCAGACUGAGGUUUGAGCCCAGCAUUUCAUCUCUGACAGAGGCAAGAAGGGAUUAAUUAGACCAUAACUGCUGUUUGCAUCCAUCAUAGUUCUGUUUGCAGCUGGCAUUGGAUUAAGGAUGUCAAAGAGUUUGACUCAGCCUUUAUUAUUCUCUCAUAUCACCAUUAAUUUUUCUUCUCUCUUUUGAAUUUCCCCGUACAGUCUGCCUCCAUAAGCUGUGGCAAAAGAUUACAGAUAUCAUGCAUUGUGUAAAGGACUUUUGGCCCUUUCAAAGUGGUCUCUUUAUUUCAGUCAGUGUCACUAGCUCUUGUCUUACAGAAGUCAGUGAGUUGCUUUUUAUUUUUUCUUUUUUAACCAAGUUGCUUUUAUGAUUGAUUGUGUCUCAGCUUUGAUUGAACUAAGCCUCCAAGAUGAGUUCCCAUCUUUUCAUAUUACUCAUGUAAGUUUGAUGCUCCACCACCUUGGUGGUCAACUUUAGUUGAUGUUUUCCACAUCUACUUUAACUUCACUACAUACUUCAUUUUAGAGAACACCAAUUCGUGAAUCCACAAACUGAAUAACCACAUUUACCUGGCUGUGAUUGUUUGGGGCUGUUCUGCAAUGACUGUAAUUGUGUAUUUCCACUCUGUAUAUUAAUUAAUCUUUUUUACUGGAACAGCUUUCUCAAAGAACCAUAUGCAUUGCAACCUGCUGGAUGUGUUAU